UAAUUUAUCAACUGAUGAUAAGAAAUAUAAUGAAGAUCAAUCUUUAGAUUAUGUUUCUGAUAAUGAUAUUUUUACUGGCAUCUAUAAUAAAGCAGUAGUGAUAAUGAAGAGAAAAAUUAGUUAA